AUGAAUGAAAAUCCUAUUGUCAUAUGCACACCCACCUCGUGUCCAACUAUUUCCAGUUCUAGUUGCGGUUCGUCAUUUGAAACAUCUGUUUGUUACUCAGGUAUUCCAUCUGUUGCUGUUCCAAUUGUGUCUGGUUUGUCUUCAAAUGUUCUAUGUUCCUCUGCUUUAUCUGUUUCUUCAACAAUUUCAUCUAAUCCGCCUCCCUCCUUGUCGCUAACGUCUUUGCAAAAUCCUGUCAGUGGCUUGAACUUGAACAUACCUUCGUCUAGUCACACUCCAGUAAUUUUACCACCAUCUGCGUCAUUGUUAGUUCAUUCUAUUAAUCCUUCGAACAAUUCAAAUUCUGAGAUUCAUUCGAUCUCUCCAAUUACUAGUAGUUCCUUAGUUAUAAAUGACUUUGGAAAUUCAAACAUAACUGUUCCUAUGACAUGUAAAAAUGAGUUUUUGAAUGCUAGCAUAGCUAAUUCUAGUUUUUCAUACGAUUCCAUGUUGCCAGUUGAAUCAUCUACGAUUUGUCCAAAUCCAAAUUUCUCGACGAUUCCUAACCAAACAAUAGAAGUUAUUGAUCCAACACAAAACUUGUCGUCUUCCAUAUCUGGGUCCACACCAGUCACAUUAGCCCUACAAUCUAACAUGUUAAAUUCCAACCAAAUGCACUCAGAAAAUGUUUCAAGUUUCAACGGAGAAUCUGGGAUUCGUCCAGUUACCAACCCAACGUUGCCACCGUGUUUUCCUCUAAAUUUGAUGCCAAUUAGUCCGAAUGGUGACUUUCCAGCUGCACAAAUUAAUUUUCCAGGUUUACCACCAGUUCUUCUUCAAGUCUUACCAUUACCAGGUGUUAAAAUGGGGGAACAUUACACAAUCAACGUUCCAACGCAGUUAAUUUGGGAUGGUAUAUCUAGCGCGUUAGCUAGUGGAGGGACUGUCAAUGGUGGACCAAUAAUUUUAUCGAUCACACCUACACCUUUACCAUCACAUUCAGUCUCUUCCAUGUCUACGAUACCCACCUCCUCCUAUACUGUGACAAAUCAAACACCCACACCUGCUUCUUUAUGUGGAUCAUCUAAUGGGUUUAUCAAUUCAACCCUUUCUCAGGUUGGAGUUCCCGUCUCAACACUUGUUCCUUAUUCUACACUUUCUGUUGGUCCUGUAACUACUACAGUAACUACAGCCAGUGUUAUGAGUACUAAACUUCCAGGAGUUAUUAUUAAUCCCCUGCUUUCCAAUCCUGUCAGCGCUGCCGGAGGAGCCAAACGUAUGAGAGCUAUCGCUCCGAAACCAUCAAACGUAAGUUCUGUUGCUACACUGGGAGUAAAAGCUACAUCCGCUUCGACUGCGAUAUCGAAAAGUGGGAUAAAGCGUCAUGGUCUUGUUACUGCUAUUUCAAGUAUGAACGGGAUUAUAUCAAACAACACUUCCUUGCAAAGUAGUCAUGCAAGCAUUCCCAAUAUUGGGACAGUUACUGGCGUACAGACACCUCCAAAACUGUUGCAUUCAGCUUCUAGAAAGGUAUCAUUACCCUUAGUUAACUUUAGUUCCUCUUUCGUACGGUCAGGUCGAGGUAGGCGUCGCUGUGCUGUUGGACAACAGUCGGUUUCUACCACGUUUGUUACUAGUGCUCACGCUUCUCCCAUAUGUAUAACAAACUCUGUUAACUCAGCUAUGGGAAUCAGCGCUGAUACCAGUAAUAUUUGUUCUUUGCCAACUCCAGUUUCCUUGCCGUUAAGUAGUCCAUCAGCAUUGUCUUCGUUUUACAGCACACAACCCAUUUUUGUACCACCAACUACAAAUCCCGGACCAGUUUUACCACAUGGAGCCAUUCCACCAACCUUUCUUUUUGGUAAUCCAUUACAUAACGCACCACCAAUCACAAUGCCAAACGGCGUAGCUCCUUUUCUUUUUCAAUCACCCCUCCCUAUAUCUAAUAGUUGCUCACAAUUCUCGAAUUCCGUAUUCAGUCCUGCUACAUGUACUGUCUCAAUUUCUCCGUCAACGUCGUGUCCGUUAGCGGUUGUUCGGUCUCUACCAUCUGUCAGUUCUGCGACUAUAUUUGCUGCCAGUAAUGGGCCAACAAUGGCUUCUCUCGAUCCUGCUACUGGGCUUUUAACGUACUACCCCUCGUCAUGCAUUCCUAUGAAUAACUCAUAUCCCCCUACAAUAUCUUCUAGUGACUCAUCAAUUAAUAUAUCAUCUGUAUGCUCUCAGCCGAAUCAGACAAUGGGUCUUCAGCCCUCUUCACAGCCCGGACCGGUCAUGUAUCCUUUUCAGACCCAACAUCUCCUUUCGAAUCAAAUUAUCCCAACUAUUUUUCCAAAUAUACCUACCGAUAUAGCUGGUGCAAAUACCUUUACUGACCAUGCAACAUUCUUACAAUCAUUUGCACCUAGUUUGAUAGAUAGUUCUUGCAUAUCAUCCAAUGUACAGAUAUCUUCAGAAUCCACUAUUGUCCAGAGUCAAAUGGCUUGUCAAAAUGCUUUUCUUACGUCAGCUGGCAACUUUCAUAACAAUGGUAAUAAUGGAAACAUUCCCGUUUUUCCGCCACUACCCGCUUCAUCGAUCACGUUACCCAACUUGGAAGUCACCACAAGCAUAUGCGAAGCCAAUGGACUUAUAGAGGACGAUACUUGUUUAGCUAAAGAUGACCUCAUUAGUCUUGCUUGGCACCUAACGCAAAUGGAGGAUGAUUUUGAAGCGCAUGAAAAACAAAAUCAAGAUGUUCUAAUGAGUCAAACAGAAGAUGAGCAUAAUGGCAUGUUCGAAGAUUUCCUCCAGGUCUAUUCACAAAGUGCGACGGCUUUUAACUUCAAUUCAGACAUGACGUGCCAGGGUCAUAUUCUAAGUCAAUCUUCUGUUAAUACUGGUUCUGAUGUUUUAGACAAAGAUGUAAUUCUUUUAGACAGUGGACCGGAUUAUAGAGCUGAUUUCGAAAAUCAAGAUAAUGGUACUCACUUAUCUUGUUCAAACGAAGAAAGCACAGGAAAUGCAGAUAUUGAUGCUUUACUUGCUGCGGCUGCUAUGGUUGGUGCUGCGAGUGGAGUUGGGGAUGCCCAAUCAGCUGUCGCCGUUCCUUUACCAUCUUCUACCCUGGCAUCAGUAACUCAUCAAAAUGCACUUUCUUCGGAAUGCGAUUCUUCUCAUCCAGAGAGUGGAGAUAAUAUCCAUGGCGAUAUUCACGCAACAUUCAAUAGUUCUUUGCUACCUACUCAUUCCACCAGUUGUAAACUUUCACCACUUCUUAAUCCUAGUAACGUGGAAGACUCAGUUGACGGCUUAAAAGAAACAAAACCUGAUGAUCUCUUACCAAGCGAUUUGUUCGAUGAUUUCUCUAAGACGGAGGUAAAUGGCCAAUUUGUGAAUGAAACAUCUGAUUCAGUGAACGAAUUCGAUGAUGGUUAUGAACCCACAAGUUUGGCAGCAGUUCUUGGUUGUAAUGCUGAAGAUGCUGCUAAUUUAGAAUCGGUUCUAGGUCAAGAAGCUCCAGAUUUGUCUGAUGGUGGAGGUGUUUCAGAUUCUUUUCUUCAUUCUCUUGUCGGUCCCUCACCUACAGUGGAUGACUUAAGUGAGCAGAAUAAUUCAGUUAAUAUUUUUGAUACUGAUUUUCACUCUUCUCAUGAACCGGAACAAAAAACUGAAAAUGAUUUGGGUUUUCACUCAGUAGAUGAUUUUCCUAGUGAUAUCGCUUGCGAUAUGGUUGAGGAUGCAACAAAUACCCUACCUGUAUCAAGGCAAGUUAGAUCGUUACUUCGUGAUGCCAACGCUAUUUCGGUGUCUUCACGCUUUGGAUCACCACCGGGGGGAAGCAAAAGCUUUAAUCAUUUCUUCGAAGCCACUUCGCGACGUCUCAAUAGGUCAUGUAGGUUCACGUCUGAUAUUGAUGAUGACUUCAUUGGUGUAGAUUUUUCUGAUGCAGUAAAUGAAUGCACAACAGCAGAACAGUUUGAUGAAGCCUUAAUGCUGUUAGGACCUCAACCGAAUUCACCCGCUAGUCAGUCCGAAAUUCACAGCGAGAAUACAAUUCCUGUUUCAGUGACUGAUUUUGUUUCUCACAUAGAAGACAAGAUGAAAAACAAUGAAAAUUCAGCAAAAGAUAAAAAGUUGUUACGUAUUGACUGCACAGACCUUACAAUUGUUGAAGCGAGUGAUAUUCAGACAACUGAGUCUAAAAAUGGAUCUCCGCAACAUAAAGUUGACAAUUCAGUAAGAAAUUCAAUAUCAGUCAACGAAUCUACUUCACCGAAUGAAUAUAUCCCUCCAAUGCAAUCAUCUCCAAUCGAUGAGAUUAAGGAAUGUACUACUGGAAGUGGUUUAAAUCAUGACACUGCAGAAAAUACUGAAAGCUACCUGAUCAGUUCCCAAGAUAAUGGCGAUCCAGUAACAUUAAUAACUACGCAGUCUCAGCAAAUUGUUGUUGACGAUGACAUUAUAAAAAAUACUAAUACACCAACUAACGACGAUGCAGGGUUUUUACCACCUGAGGAGAAAACUGAGUUGGUCGACUUAUUACCAUCUAUAUUAGAGGAAAAAUCCGUAUCAACAAAUAGUUCAACUUUACCCUCACAAGAUAAACCUAUUACACAAGACUCAAUCUCAGUUCUAGAUACUUUUGUUAAUUGUCACUGUGAUCUCUCUAAAAUCCCUGUUCUAACAAAUUCAACAUAUCCAGUGUGCUGUAAUCUCCCAAGGCGUCCCCAGUCUGUUAGUCCGAAGUUCCAAUUCGGUGUCAAGGAUAUUCGUUCUCCUGAAUAUAGUUCUAACUUGCCACCCCGCCCUCAAAGCUUGCCUAAUUUUAUUUCCCUUUCACAGUUUGAUAUAAUUGAGGGAGCAGAAAACAUAUCAAAAUCUUGUGCUUCUAAUUCAUUUUCAUCUUGUGACAUUGCCACCUCGACAAUAUGUAUGUUUAAACCAGAUAUUUAUUUUGACAAUAAAAGACCAUGUUCUGCCUUUUCCUCUGAUCAGAAUAUAUCAGUAAAUACAGAAGAUAUAGUGUCCACCAAUAUUUCUAUCCUUGGAGUUCUCGCUUCAUCAUCUGCCCUAGUAGAGGCUGUUGCAGACUUGGACGGUGAUUCUGAUAUUUCACCUAUCAAAUCAAGCAUAGAAGGAUUAGCCUCACUUGAUCGGAUGUUAAAAAGUUGUCAGCGUCGUAGUCAACAAACUCUUGAGUCUACGAGAAAUGCUUCUAGCAGUUCUGAAAGCGCUAUGGUUUCAUCUUCUCAAACUUCAAGUGUAUCUCAGAGCUCAUCGUUGAAAACAGUAGGCAUAUAUGGGGCUUCAAAUAGUGAGUUUUCGGAUUGGAAGAAUAUCGAUGUUGCCAGUGAGUCCGAAAUAAUUCACGGCGAUAAUACUCAUGUAAGUAGUUUACUGUCAGUCAGUAGUGAUCACAUUUCUAACAAUAUCAAUUCUGGGCAAAUACAAUUCAAAAACUCCAAUAAUGUUCACUCCAGACGUGGCCGACGAAAACGCGCUAGUAAUAAGAAACCACAUUUAUCGCACUUGAGAAGAAAUCCAAUGAAGACGAAUUGUAAAUCAAAUCCCUCUACUAAUGAAUUAAAUGCUUCUCAGAGUGUCGCUCCGUCUCUAAAUGAGUUUAAUCAUUUCCAAAAACAGUCAGAUAACUAUCCUACCAAGGAAAUUACUACCAAUGAUCUUCUAGAACUGGCUGCAAGACGUCCUCAUUCCUUUGGGUUAUCUUCGGUAGACGGUGAGUUAUCAAAUGUCCCUAAUCCUCCCAUUUAUCCGGAGUUCGAAUGUCAUCUACCACCCUUGGUCCUAGCUACUGGAGUGUCCUUAUUUCCAGAAUCGUGUUUACAUUCUGAUGUCUGUUCGUCUGGUGACGAUUCAUGUUCCACAAUCCCAUCUGCUCAUAAGUUAAAAGUUGAACCAGAUGAAGCAGCUGUUGCUAAACCUAGUCAUGAUGAAGACAUUAUCUCUUCUUCAACACCACGACUUCAUACCCGAGAGUUUAAUAAACGAAAAAAACGUGGUAGACACAUCAAUAGAACAAAACCUCUUGACAAACCCCAAAUUAAUUUACCUACAAUGACAGAAGGCCAUCGUUCACGUCUUGAUUUUGAUAAAAAUAAUUUUAUUGGAGUAAAUCCAAACUUUUCAAAGCAAUUUGGGUCACUGGAUGAAGCACCUUUUGAACGUUUCUUACACGAUACGAAACUACAAACUUUUGCUGCAUUAAAGUCAAAUUCUUGUGAAGUUGUGCCUAAUCUAAAGUCUAAUUUUAGUUCUUGGUGUGAGCCAAAUCAAAACGUUUUGUUAUUUGGCAGACCGUGCGAUGAACAGUCUGUCUCUGGAGACUGUGACUCAAUCUCUACUCAAAAUAUGGAUUCUGAAAAUCAUUUCAAUGAUACCCGAUCGACAAUAGAAGAGGUUCCAGAAAGUUCUUCAGUCUUGUCGUCAGAAACCAAUGGCAAUCAUAUUUUUGAUGAACCAGUCUCUACUAGUUGCGAGUCAAGCAAAAGUUCUAUAACCUCUCGUCAACUGGUUUUUUCUACUCCUGUAUCACAUACGUUCAACACUCUUUGUACGCCUGCUUCGUUCUGUUCUGUACCAAAAUCUCAUAGUCCUUUCCAAAGUUAUAUUACUCCUUUACCGAUUACCACAGCGGUUAGUCAGUCGAACUCUUUAUGUGAUAGUAGCUCUUCAACCAGUCAUUCACUUGAAAAAGUGUUUCCUACUGUUUCACCUUUACUCAUUAACAGAAAUGUGGGAAUUACCGGUAGCUUUGCUGGGGCUGCAGCCUUUCGAGCAACUAGCUUUAGUGCAUUGGCAGCUAAAGUUGAAAAGAACAGUGUUGGGAAUGAAUUCCAACUCAAUAAUACCCCAGAAACUCUUUGGAGAAAUGUGACAUUCGCAGACUUGGCAAAGUCCGCCUCUUCAGAAUCCAAAUCUAAGGAAACUUCUCAAACCAUUACCAACGUUCCUAGUUCAUUUGCGUGCAACUCCUCUUGGUUCGUUGAUAAAUCUCUUCAAAUCGAUGCCUCUGCUUUGCAACCGAAACCAUUAUUUCAACCCAACUUUCUACUUCCAACAUCAAGUAAAAGUCCAGAAAAAUCAACUUUGUUACCAGCCACUAUCUUUACAUCUCCACAAGCUUCGCCAAAUCACUUUCAUAACCAACCUUCCUUCAAUGAUUCAAGUAACCCCCCAAAAUCACCACUAUCCAAGUCGAGUUCUCCUGAAAGUUUUAAAAAACGCUUGAAAUGCAUUUCUUCAUUGCCAAGAAAAACGAACAGGCGUAAACGAUCAGCUGGCAAACGUCAACGACGUCCCCGUAUUUCUUUUCGCAAGUCUAAUACUAAGAUCGUCGAGCAUAAUUCUAACGAUUUUUACACCGAAGGAAACAAUUUUGUUCCUAGUACGGAUAAUAUUUCUAAUCAUUUAGUUACAACAGUGAAUAACGAAGCUCAACAUCAUUGUUCUGACUCAAAGAAACCCUCGGUAGAUGAGCAUAAUAAAUCCGAAAACAUUCUUUCUAGUUCUGUUUGCUUGACACCUGAAAACACAAAUGCACCUUCAGACUCUAAUGUGGUAGAAUAUUCUACUUCUCCCACAAUUAUAAUGAAUGAUUUGUCGGUUAUUCCAAAUGUACCAGUCGUAGUUGUUGACAGUGCAGAUAAAGAUGACAAUCGUUUAUCCUCUGUUUCUCCGAUUGUGCUGUUACCCGAUGUUAACUGUGAACAGUCAUUAAGCGUUCCUGUUGGUGUUGAAGAUUAUGUAUCCCACUCCAAAGUUGUUACUUCUGUUAGUGAAAGUCUAAUAGAUCCACUUGAUAGUUUUGUACAUGUUCGUUCCGAAAACGCAACAGGCCAAACAAAUUCGCCCCAGCCAGAUGUACUUCAAGAUAAAAAUGUUGAUUCUUUAUAUCCUGAUUCAUCGUCUAAGAAUAUCGUAACUGAUAAUGACGACCAGCUGUCACACCCCCCAAUUAAAUUGCGUCUUAACUUGAAAUUAGCUGCACUCAAAUCUAAGUCAAAGAAAAAGAAGCGUAAAAAAAUCCAUUUCGUUAAUCCAGUCAGUGAAACUAAAUCCAACUCAAUUGUAGAGAUGACAAAUGAUCCUCCGAAUCGUUCACUGAGUAUUCGUCUUGUAAACAAAAUUCCCAUUGUCAAAGAAAUCUCCAAAUCUGGUCCCAAUAAUUCAAGCAGGAAACGAAAGAAGAAAAGCGAAAAAACAAGCAUUCAUUGUAAGGGUCCUAGAAAUCUUACCAUUAUAAUGGAUAGUAAUCUACAAUGUCAAAACCCCCCAAAGACUUUACGAUUGGAUGAGACAUCAUCUCCAAUUCAUAAUGUUCACAUCACACAAUCCAGUCAAGCUGUGCCUAGUGUUGUUCUUCCUGGUGUCACGCUAAAGAAGAAUACACCUGUUCAUCCCUUGUCAACUAAAAAGAUUUUCUCUACUGCAAGACAAGAGCGUCGAAGUAACUAUGCCCAGUUGGCGCGGCCUUGGCGUGCUAAUCUUUCAACCUCUCCUCGGAAGCGAAGCACUGCAGUAUCUACUCGUCGGCAUGUUGCUAGUGUAACACGAUCCCACAGCCGUCUUAUUAGUGCUUCUAGUGGUGCAUCAUCGGCUGACCAUAAACAGCUGAAUGUUACAUGUGCUCCAGAAAACGUGUUUGCUAAAAAAGCCUCAAAUGAUGAUGUUGAUAAUUGUUGUGAUAAUAGUCAAUCCUAUUCCAUCACCAAUUUUACUGGGGUGCAAGAAAUUCCUAAGACGGAACGCCCUGAAUCCCACCCUUUACGUUUAAUUAUUCGUUUGGGAAAGCCCGUGAAUCCAUCAAAGGAGGAACUUUUUCAUCAACCUGUAAUUUCUCCUGUAGAUGUCCAGGUAUCUUCUGAUAUCUCGUCUAAUUCUUCUCAAGCUUCAAACGACAUAGAUCCUCAAGAUGAAAAUGUAAAUUUUCCCAUAUUAUCAAGACAGUCCAACGUUAAAAACGAUAGUUCUGUUGAGGAAUUAACUGAGUUUUGUGUAGCGAGUGAAGCAGAAACCUUUAUGGAUCCUAAUCAGUUUCAAAUUCAUAGAAUCCUGAACCGAGCCCUCCCCAUGAGUUCUGGACUUGUUGGCUUGUACAUACCGUCACCAAACGAAGAUGAUGAUAAUGGAGAUGGUUGUGGUAUGGUCGGAAGAACGCUUGAUUCUGAACAUCGGUUUCGAAUGACAGAUCAAUCAUUCCAUUUUUCUCAAGCUUGUCACGAAAAUCGCGCAACUCCGGUUGCUCCUCAAAUAGGAUGUACUGCUGGUUUGUCAAGCAGGAAAGAAGUGAAACCGUUAAAAAACCACAGACGUAGCAAAAAAAGCAUGAAAAGUACUCGAUACCGAUAUGGAAGACAUAAGAGUGCUUUAGCAGAUGAACACAGCCUGGAUCAGUCAUCAAAAUUACAUGUUCAGUGCAUGAAGAAUUUUGAAAAACAUUGUGUUUUAGAAAACAACAAUGAUCUUGAUUUCUUUCAUGAUCAACCCUCGCAUUUGUCUAACAACUUAAGUAUUCACUCAACAAACGUUUCAGAAUCCAACUCGGUUGCUUGUGAUCAAAUCUACAAUCCAUCCAAAUUUACUCAUAGCUCUCCUGAACCAAUGAAUCCUGCACAAAUUACAAAAUGUAAUUCUGAAGGUAAAUCAGACUCUACUCAAAUGAAAUUCUUGUGGUCCAAGGCAUAUGUUUCAAACUUAAAUAUUGGAGAAAAAGAACAUCCUAGUAUUUCUGCGCUGUCGCGAAACGAAGAAAUGAGACUCAACAAUUCUUACAGUUCAAAUGGCGUUACCAUUCCUAGUGAUCAUUUGAAUAUGGGACUUCUAAAAUGUGAUCCAAAAUUCCUAAUUGAUGAAAAUAAUAUGUAUUCAGAUCCUCCUUAUUCACAACAAGCUUUUUGUAGCUCCGUUCAAACUAGAGUCUUCGAAGUUUACAACAAUGGGAGUUAUACGAAUGGAUCUUCAGGUUCUGGUUUUGGAGGGUCAUGUAGCCAUACGGGAAGUGCUAAUUCGAUUCCAGCCCCAAGUACCGGCAGUCCAGCACCAUUAAGUUUGGGUCCAGCUCCUGGAAGUCAACCGGAAUACUCUAGUAAUUGUACUGGGAGUUUGAAUGAAUCUUUGUGUGGUCCAUUAUCCCCUUUAUCCGUCAAUCGAGAUUUCCAUUGCAGUCCUGUUUCGUCAAGAUUUGACUUGUCAGCACCUAUUUAUUUAGAAACUCAACCAGUAUCCCAUAUUCCUUAUUCCCAAUGUCAUGAAAGUCGUAUUUCUGGAUCGUGUUGA